UUUCAAAGCACGCUAGAGGGCCCGCUCGAAGCAGACGCCGCGCAAGUCGAUGGGCGGCAAGGCCCGCGCAAGCAGCUGGCCACCAAGGCGGCCCGCAAGAGCGCGGCGGCCACAGGCGGCGUCAAGAAGCCGCACCGCUACCGGCCGGGCACCGUGGUGCUGCAUGAGAUCCGGCGCUACCAGAAGUCCACCGAGCUGCUGAUCCGCAAGCUGCCGUUCCAGUGGCUGGCGCGCGAGAUCGCGCAGGACUUCAAGACAGACCUAGGCUUCCAGACCUCGGCCGUCAUGGCUCUGCAGGGGGCGAGCGAGGCCCACCUGCUGGGUCUGUUCGAGGACACGAACCUGUGCGCCAUCCAUGCCAAGCGCGUCGGCAUCACGCACAAGGACAUCCAGCUGGCCCGCCGCAUCCGCGGAGAGUGGGCUUAGGCAGCGCGCCCUCCUCUCCGGUUUCCAUCCUCGGCCCAAAGGCUCUUUUCAGAGCCAUUAAAAAAAAAAAAAAAAAGCAUGCUAGAAAGCUGUAGUAAUUAAAACAGCAUGGUAGUGGUAUAAAUCUAGCACAUAGCUCAGUGGAACAGAAUAGAGAGCUCAGAGAUUAAUCUGUAACAAAGGUGCCAAUAGCAUACAUUGUAGAAAGGACAGUGUUUCCAUAAAUGGUGAUGACAAACUGGAGGUACUUAUGUAGAAGAAUGGAUUUAGAUCCCUACCUCUCAUUAUACACAAAAAUCUACUUCCUCAGCAGAAGUGGUUGCAGCGUAUCACACUGCCUCGUGAGCUUUCAUCUCUUGCCUGUGUUUGCUCAGGUCCUUCUCCCCUUUGUGGGUCUUUGUCCGUCAGCACUGUUGGAGUCUGCAUAGAAUUAUGCUUUGCUUUGCAGGGCUUCCCUGUUUAGAUCUUUCAUUCCCCUCUGUUUUUCAGCUCUUUCAUUCCCCACUCUGUCUAGCUCCAGAAUCUCACAAAUGUGCUGAAGGGUAGACCCCCACCUGUGUGCUUGAUUCUCCUGAGAGUCCAGUUUUGUCACCCUAGCCACCUGAUACCUCCACCACCUCUGCCAAGGUAUUGAACCCCAACUACAGCCUGCUACCUGAGCCAUGCCAGGAUUCUUAGCCUGUAACCUUUUGAAGAAAGUGCACCUCAAAAUAUUAGCUGGCCUCUGAAAGUCAGCUUCUUCAGUCUCUUGUCACUCUCAAAUACUUUAUUUUAAAAAGGAUUUUUGUAUUUUAUCUGGUCUUUCUUAUCAUCAAAUGACCAGCCAUUCCAGUUUGGUUGGGAAAGAGGGAUUUCUGGAAUUUAAGACUUUCAGGACCAAAGUUGAGACAAUCCUUUGAAUAUCAGGACUGAUCACCUGAUCUGCAAGAGGGUGGACUUCUACAAAGCUCUUUAACCUACUCAGAAUUCAAAGUUUGGUUAGUAUGAAGUAAAUAUCCUCAAAAGCAUUACAAAAAUCAUAUUCUUGGGCAAUGGAAAAGACUAGUAAUUAUUAAUCCCCAUCAAGUGAUAUCAAGUUCAACAAAACAAUUAUCUCCAAUGAGGGUGAUCAAUGAAAAUAAAAGGUGUAUAAAAAUAGAGCAAAUAAAAGUAUAAUAGGAGAAUUGCUGACUUCAAUCUCAUCCUUAAAUUAACUUGAGAGAUCAGUAGAAGUUGUGAGUUUUUUCUGUUUUGUAGAAAGAAGUGAGGAAUGAAGACUCACAUAAUGCAUCCAUGAAGCUCUGCCUUGCACAGAUACUGUACUCGAUACUGAACAUUAUCCAGUGUGAGAAAUACAUAAGAGAGUGAGGGCUCCAGCUAAGGGAGGGAAAAAAAAGUCUAGAAAUUAAGUUGGGGUCCAUACCAAGCAGAGAGCAGGCCAGGAGCCACGUGCUGCAAACAUUUGGUUAUGAGCAGCCAAAAGCAGUUUAUCACGGGUAGUGGAGCAAAGGCAGAGAGUGAUUUUGGGGUGCUCCUCGUCUUUUAUAUGCUUUCUAAAGGGGAGUGGUUACACAGUAAGAUGGGCAGGUGGGCUUUCAGGUGAACUCAGGUAGGGGCACAUCACACAGGGGGCGUGGUGUAGAGUGUGGUCUCCAGCUUACAGACCUAAUAGGUUUUAUUCUAUCUGCCUGCCUAUAACAUCCCCCCUUCAGAAACUCCAGACCUUAAUCUUAAGGGAUGUUGAAGGGUGUAGAAUCAUCAUAUCUUCUGUAGCUGCUUCAUGCUUAUUAGGGGCAUAGGCCCUGCCUUGUCCUUUGUCCGGAACUCUCUGCCUAUUUCAUUUAAUAAAUUAGUUUUGUGAGCUGACGUGCUUUCAGUCACCACCAAUGUCUGUGUCCCCUGCAUGGCCAUAAUUACUCUCAGAAGUCAGGUUCUGAAACAUGUAAGUUUGUCAAUCAACAUGAGCAGAAUUGGAAUAAAGCUAAUUGUGAAUGGUGUCACCCUUAAGAUAGAAAGAGAACAUCUUGCCAUCUCCCAGAUAGUGGGUAGUGAUAGGCUAUGUAGAUUAUAAAACCAUUGUUCUAUUAAUAUGUAUUCUAAGGCCUAUCUAUUGUCCAUAACUACCUUGGACAGGGAGUCCAUUGACUAAUGAGAACAGUUGUUUCAAUGCAUCUUAUUGUGUGCUAAACCUUUCCUUAAGGGAUAAUUUUUUCUGCAUCCUACUAAACCCAGAAUCUGGGAAAGUGAGGAUACAGAAUUUCCCAAACAAAGCUCAGGUUUCUUUUUUUUUAAACUUUUAUUUAAUAAAUAAAAAUUUCCAAAGUACAACUUUUGGAUUACACUGGCUUUUUCCCCCCAUAACCUCCCUCUCACCCUCAAUCAUCCCAUUUCCUACUCCCUCUCCCAUCCGAUUCACAUCAAGAUUCAUUUUCAAUUAUCUUUUUAUACAGAAGAUCAACUUAGUAUAUACUAAGUAAAGCAGUUUGCACCCACACAGAUACACAAAGUGUAAAGUACUGUUUAAGUACUAGUUAUACCGUUAAUUCACAUAGUACAACACAUUAAGGACAGAUAUCCUACAUGGGGAGAAAGUGCACAGUGACUCCUGUUGUUGAUUUAACAAUUGACAGUCUUGUUUAUGGUGUCAAAAUCACCCGAGGCUCUUGUCAUGAGUUGCCAAGGCUAUGGAAGCCUUUUGAAUUCACCGACUCCAAUCUUAUUUAGACAAGGUCAUAGUCAAAGUGGAAGUUCUCUCCUCCCUUCAGAGAAAGGUACCUCCUUCUUUGAUGGCCCGUUCUUUCUGCCAGGAUCUCACAGAGAUCUUUAAUUUAGGUCGCUUUUUUGUUGUUUUUUUUUUUUGUUUGUUUCUUUUUGCAACAGUGUCUUGGUUUUCCAUGCCUGAAAUACUUUCAUGGGCUUUUCAGCCAGAUCUGAAUGCCUUAAGGGCUGAUUCUGAGGCCAGAGUGCUGUUUAGGACAUCUGCCAUUCUAUGAGUCUGCUGUGUAUCCCAAUUCCCAUGUUGGAUCAUUCUCUCCUUAAUUCUAUCAGUUAGUAUUAGCAGACACUAGUCUUGUUUAUGUGAUCCCUUUGACUCUUAGACCUAUCAUUAUGAUCAAUUGUGAGCAGAAAUUGAUCACUUGGACUAGUGAGAUGGCAUUGGUACAUGCCACCUUGAUGGGAUUGAAUUGGAAUCCCCUGGCACGUUUCUAACUCUACUGUUUGGGGCAAGUCUGAUUGAAAGCUCAGGUUUCUAAACUAGAGGUAGAUUACCUGGGAUAUGUUCUAACUCCAGGGAAGUGUGUUCUUUCAGUCAAUAGAAAGGAAGCUAUUCUCUCUCUCUCUCUCUCUCUCUCUCUCUAUCUAUCUAUCUAUAUAUAUAUAUAUAUUAAGGCAGCUAAGGCUAUUUCUGGGAAUGGCAAGAUCCUGUGGAAUUUGGAUUCCAAGCUUUUGUAUGAAGUUUUAAAAAGCUCUGAUGCAGACACUGUGCUGGAUAGGGAAGCUACAAUAGCUGUCCCAAAGAAUUAAGGCACUUCUAACAGAAGCUCCAACAUCGGGAAUCAGUGAUGGCAGGAUUUUAUGGAAUAUGGAUUCCAGGAUUUAGAUUCUAAGAUUUGUAUGUGCUUUAAAAGACCCUGACACAGACACACUGUGCUUGACAGGGGAGCUACCAAAGGUGUUCCAAAGAAUUAAAGAGCUUUUAACAAAGGCUCCAAUAUUAGGAAUUCCUGAACAAGCCAUUCACAGAGAGAUCCUCUUCAGAUCAGUUGCAGCUUAAAUGGAAGUGACCUUACCAGGUGCUACUGAGCAUGAAUACCUCAGUGAAAUUAGGAUUCAACUUCUACCUCUUGAAU